AUGGUGCUUGUAGUACCUUUGCUUGUAGCCCUGUUCUGUCCUAAAGCAUGCAAGGCUUAUAAUACGAAUUGUAAAAUUCAUACGCCUCGUAAGCCACAGCAUUCAUAUCACAAAUCGGGAGACAUUGUAAUUGGUGGCAUAGCAACUCUAGCAUAUUUCCUGGACAAUGCUAUAAAUUUCAGGGAAGAGCCCUCACCAUCAUUGCGUGGAGACCUGAUUUUACUGCCUAAGAAUUACCAACACAUCCUGGCCCUGGAAUUUGCAGUGAAGGAGAUCAGUGAAAACCCUCAUCUCUUACCCAAUGUCACCUUGGGCUUCCACAUCCUUGACAGUCACUUCAGUGCCCAGAAGACCUACCAUGCCACAAUGUUACUGCUUUACACCAUGAAGAGCUUUGUUCCUAACUAUAUCAGUGGCAUCCAGAAUGAUCUGACAGCGGUGAUUGGGGGACUGGACUCCAAAACCUCCAUUCACAUUGCAAAUAUCUUGGAUAACUACAAGGUUCCACAGCUCAUCUAUGGCUCUGCUCCUGUCAUGAACUAUAAAACCCCAGGACUUUCCUUCUUCCAAAUGAGCCCUAAGGAAAGACUUCAAUAUAAAGGGAUUCUAUUGUUGCUUCUCCAUUUCAACUGGACAUGGAUUGGGGUUAUCGUGAUGGAAAAUGACAAUGGAGAAAGAUUUCUAGAUAUGAUCAUUCCGUUAUUUUCUAAGCAUGGCAUUUGCUUUACAUUGACAGAGAGAAUUGCCCAGAUAGAGUCAGUCAAUGAAUUGUCUUCUCUAUUUGAACAAGGUGCAAAAUUACAUGAUAAAAUCAUGGAAGGUAAAAGCAAUGUUAUGAUUUGUUAUGGAGAGUCCAAUGCCUUAUAUCUCCUGAGAUGGUUACCAUAUCUGUCAAAAAAAGAACAUGAUAUUGACACAGCAAAAGGGAAAGUAUGGAUAUUGACAUCUCAAGCUGAACUUGCAUCAAAAGUCUAUCAAAAGGAUUGGGAUAUACAAAUAAUCGAUGGUGCUCUGUCCUUCACAAUUCACACCAACAGCCCACCAGGAUUUAAACCUUUUCUUGAAAGCAGAAAUCCUCUUAACCCAAAAGGCGAUGGCUUUAUCAUGGACUUCUGGCAACAGGUCUUCAACUGUGUAAUUCCAACCUCAGUGGUUGGCAAGGUGGUUGGAGAUCUGUGCACUGGGAGAGAGAAUAUGGAAAACCUUCCUAAAAUCCUUUUUGAAAUGGGCAUGAUUGGACACAGUUACAGCAUCUAUAAUGCUGUCUAUGCUGUGGCCUAUGCUUUACAUACCAUGAUGUUGUCUCGACUUAGACAUAGAACAAGAGUAGAUGAAGGAAGCUUGAAUGUUCACAAUCAAGUUGCCUGGCAGGUGCAUCACUUCCUGAAAGGUCUUUCAUUUAAUAAUACUGCUGGGGAUGAGGUUUCUCUAGAUUCCAAUGGAGAAUUACUAGCUGGUCUGGAUGUAAUGAACUGGAUUGUUUUUUCAAACCACUCCUUUGUUAGAGUGAAAGUUGGGAAGGUGGAUUCUGGAGUUCCCACUGACCAAACUUUCAUCAUUAAUAAAGAUGCCAUAACUUGGCAUAGCUGGUUUAACCAGUCUCAGCCUCUUUCAAUAUGCAGUGAGAGUUGCCGUCCUGGUUCCAGCAAGAAAGGGAAGGAAGGGGAGCCCUUUUGCUGCUAUGACUGCAUCUCGUGCCCAGAUGGGAAGAUUUCAGAGAAGGAGGAUAGUAACGAAUGCUAUACUUGUAAAGAUGGAAGCUUUCCCAACGUACAUCAGGAUUCCUGCAGUCCAAAGACUGUGACCUUUUUGUCUUACGAAGAACCUCUGGGGAUCAGUUUAGCCUUCUUUGCUCUUCUCUUUUCUGUGCUCUCAGCCUUCGUCCUUGGGAUCUUUGUGAAGAACCACAGCACUCCCAUUGUGGUCGCCAAUAACCGAGACCUCACCUACAUUCUCCUCACCUCCCUCCUGCUCUGCUUCCUGUCUGCACUCCUCUUCCUUGGCCGUCCCAAGAAGGGGAUAUGUCUCCUCCAACAACCUGCUUUUGGCGUCUCCUUCUCCAUGGCUGUGUCUUCUGUGUUGGCAAAAACUGUCACAGUGGUUCUGGCUUUCCUGGCCACCAAGCCAGGAUCCAGGAUGAGACUCUUCAUGGGAAAGAGACUCUCCAACGCCAUCGUCAUUUCCUGCUCUCUUAUUCAAACAGCCAUUUGUAUGUCAUGGCUGGCAAACUCUCCCCCCUUCCCAGACUUUGACAUGCACUCAGUGCUUGAAGAAAUUGUCCUGCAGUGUAACCAGGGAUCUGAGAUCAUGUUUUAUUCUGUCCUGACCUAUAUGGGUUUGUUGGCUGUUGUUAGUUUCAUCGUUGCGUUCUUGGCCAGGACGUUACCUGACACCUUCAAUGAAGCCAAGUUCAUCACUUUCAGCAUGCUGGUCUUCUGCAGUGUUUGGCUCUCCUUUGUUCCAACCUACUUGAGCACUAAAGGAAAGUACAUGGUGGCUGUGGAAAUAUUUUCCAUCUUAACCUCUAGUGCUGGUUUGUUGGGCUGCAUCUUUUUCCCCAAAUGCUAUAUUAUUUUGAUCAAGCCCAACCUUAACACCAGGGAACAGCUAAUGAAGAGAGAAAAGGAAUGA